UCCACGCUCACUUGAACGGCUCUAUCAGCUCGGAGACGAUGAAGAAACUGAUGGCGCAGAAGCCGAAUCUUCAGGUGCCGAAUGGGGUGACCGUGAUUGACAAGGGGAAGAAAAGGAGCCUGGAAGAGUGCUUUCAGAUGUUCCAGAUCAUCCAUCAAGUUACCAAUAGGACUGAAGAUAUAUUGAUGGUAACCAAGGAUGUUAUUCGUGAAUUUGCCGCCGAUGGCGUCAAAUACCUGGAGUUAAGGAGCACGCCCAGAGAGGAGCAAACCACAGGAAUGACUAAAAGAGCCUAUGUAGAAACUGUACUGGAAGGUAUACGGCAAUGUAAAGAAGAAGAACCGGAUAUAGAUGUCAGGUUUCUGAUCUCAGUGGAUCGAAGAGGGGGACCGGCAGUUGCAAAAGAGACCGUGAAGCUGGCCGAGGAGUUUCUGCUUUCCGCAGAUGGCCUCGUCGUAGGGCUCGACUUCAGCGGAAAUCCAACGGCAGGACACGGCAAGGAUUUCUUGGAACCCCUCCUGGCUGCGAAAAAUGCAGGCUUGAAGUUAGCUGUGCACCUGUCGGAGAUCCCUGGCCAGGAUGAAGAGACCCAGCUCCUCCUUCGCCUUCCUCCUGACCGAAUUGGACAUGGCACUUUUCUCCGUUCUUCAUCGGCAGCAUCUGAGGAUAUCGUGCAGCUUAUCAGAAGCAAACGGGUCCCUCUCGAACUCUGCCUGACCUCCAACCUCAAAGGACAGACUGUGCCCUCAAGCGACCGCCACCAUUUUGGAUUCUGGUACCACACGGGGCAUCCGGUUGCGCUUUGCACCGACGAUAAAGGUGUUUUUGCGACGGACCUCUCUCAGGAGUAUCAGCUCAUCGCGGAUACCUUUCAGCUGUCCAAAGCGCAGAUGUGGGACCUGUCUUACGACGCCAUCGACUACAUUUUUGCCGGCGCCCGCACCAAAGCCGAGCUAAAGGAAAAGUGGGACAAACUGAAACCCUCCCUGCUGAAGUAGCUCAGUCAGAAAGUCAGGGACUGGUGAACCCAGGACUUGUUUUGUGUUAGAGGAGGGACAGUGGCUCAGUGGUAGAGCACCUGCUUGGUAAGCAGAAGGCCCCAGGUUCAAUCCCCGGCAUCUCCAACUAAAAAGGGUCCAGGCAAAUAGGUGAGUAAAACCUCAGCUUGAGACCCUGGAGAGCUGCUGCCAGUCUGAGUAGACAAUACUGACUUUGGGGAGGGACGGUGGCUCAGUGGUAGAGCACCUGCUUGGUAAGCAGAAGGCCCCAGGUUCAAUCCCCGGCAUCUCCAACUAAAAAGGGUCCAGGCAAGUUGGCGUGAAAAACCUCAGCUUGAGACCCUGGAGAGCUGCUGCCAGUCUGAGUAGAUAAAACUGACUUUGAUGGACCGAGGGUCUGAUUCAGUAUAAGGCAGCUUCAUAUGUUUAUAUGUUCAUAUGUACACAGCACUUGUUGAGGUUUGUACAGUCUGUGGAAUUAAGCUGUGAAGAUGGGCUGCUUCAUGCUGUACCGUAUCAGCCUGAAUUGGAGUGAUCAGUUGUUAAGAUAGUCUUUUUUCUUUACUCCUCCCACACAAUCUCUUCAUGCAGAAAGCUAGCCUGUAAGGGAGAAGGCUAAGUGGAGCCCUUUUUCCUUGAGACGCUAGGUUU